UUUUCAAGUAUUUCUGGUAGAGUGCGCUGCAAGCGUGGUGAAUAGCCAAAAGGUAAAUAAAGUCAUCUACGCGUAUGCGAUUUUGCAGUUUCCGCGAUAAAUAAAAUGGUCUUUCCUGUGGUGCAUUUGUGGUCUGAUAAUUGAAAAACAUGUGCACAGAGAGAUGUAACAAUUGCUUUUCCCAAUGGCGUAUUUGGAUACGUCCUCUGCUCAUUGUUUGCUAUACAUUGUUUGUGAUAAUUGUUGUACCAUUGCUUAUCGUGAACUCGGUCAAGGAUGGCUUCACCAGGAAAGAUCAACUUAUCCUCAUUGGAGGACUGUUUGUCCUCACUGCACUUCCAAUAUCCUUCUGGCACAUCACACAGCACAUGAUCAACUACACAAAACCUAUCCUGCAGAAGCAUAUUGUGAGAAUACUGUGGAUGGUCCCAAUAUACGCUCUCAAUGCCCUGUUGGGACUUCUCUUUCCUGCCCAUGUCAUCUACAUGGACAGUAUCCGGGAGUGCUAUGAGGCAUAUGUCAUCUACAAUUUCAUGGUAUAUCUCCUGAAUUAUUUGAAUCUCGAAAUGGAUCUUGAGGCUAAUAUGCAGCUGAAGCCCUCAGUGAAGCAUAUCUUUCCAUUGUGCUGGAUGCGUCCUUGGGAGAUGGGAACGGAAUUUAUUCACAACUGCAAACAUGGGAUUCUCCAGUACACAGUGAUACGACCUAUAACUACUUUUGUAUCAGUGGCCUGCGAAUUGGGUGGAGUGUAUGGUGAAGGCAUCUUCAGUGUCAAUGUGGCCUAUCCUUAUAUCUUAGUCGUGAAUAAUCUGUCCCAGUUUUGUGCAAUGUACUGCUUGGUACUCUUCUAUCAAGCUAACAAAGUGGAACUGCAGCCGAUGCGUCCGCUACCCAAAUUUUUGUGCAUCAAAGCCGUGGUGUUCUUCUCGUUCUUCCAGGGUGUCAUAAUUAAUUUCUUGGUAUACUUUGGAGUCAUUAGCAACAUUUUUGGGUCAGAUGAGCACGACAGCUAUCAAGAUUUAUCGGCAAAAUUGCAGAAUUUCCUCAUUUGUAUUGAGAUGUUCUUGGCAGCCAUUGCCCAUCAUUACAGUUUUCCACAUGAUCCCUUUCACAUUAACAUUCCACACUUUAACAGCGACAGAAAUUGGAUGACAGCAAUCACAUCGAUGCUGGACUUCUCGGAUGUCCAGCAGGAUGUUAGUGAGCAUUUAGGAGUGGUUGGGAGUUCACUGAGUCGUCGACUGAGGGGCAGGACAUCGUAUCAGAUGGCCAGGGGUACCAGUGAGCAUGAUUAUCUCAUUUCCACAGGAAUUAAUCCGCCCGAAGGACCUUCCACGGCCUACUAUCAGAGUGGCUUGAGGAAUGUGGCCAAUAUCACGUCAAUAUCAUCAGCCACGGGAACUGGACAGAAACAAGGUGGCGGCGGCGGAGGCGGAGGAUAUGGAGCCAUUGAUUCAACAUUUGCCAAACCCAUUACGCAGCCCACAAAACCAACUUCACCCCAUCGAGGUGCUCCAGGCAAUGAUAAUCCCUUCAAUGCACCCGACAAUCUGCUAACUGUGUCGUCCAGGACGAACACAAAGAGUGACACGAGUUCCACGAAUACAGGUGGAAUUCCCAAGUCAGACAGCGCUGCCAGUGACUGGCUGAGCACACCGACAGAAGAAUUUGCGGGAAUUGAUAUCAAAGGAUUGGAGAAUGACAGGAUUCAACUCAAUGAGUGAUGCUUUACACCCAAAGUGGUUCGCUUAGGAUUACUAAUUAUUAGUUUUUGUCUUUCUCUCUCAGCAGAGUGACAUACCAUUUAAGAGAAAAAAAUUGUUCAAACAAUUUAUGUAUAAUGACUGAUGCAACAUGUUCCAGAGAUAUUUAUCCAAAAAAAAAAGAAACGAAUCAAUA